CAGAAAUGUUCUAGCUAUUGAAAGGUUCAAUAACCAUGCAGCAACUUACCAUUCCUGGGCCACAUCCACAGAGAGGCUCUCCUCAUUUCAGCCUCUGGUUCUCAGCAUCCCUCCUCUGCUAUGAGGCUGCUGCUUUCAAUCCUGGGGGUCCUCACCUUGUUAUCCAUACUUCCUCUGGCCAGAAGCUUCCUGGCGAAUCAGGAGUGUUUUUCCGAGUACCGCCACUGCAGGAUGAAGUGCAAAGCCAACGAAUACGCCAUCAGAUACUGUGCGGACUGGACCAUCUGCUGUCGGGUGAAGAAGAGAGAAGCCAAGAAGAAGAUUAUGUGGUGACACACUGAGCUCCCUCUUCUUAGAUGCCAGGGAAAGGCACCCAAAGUGUACAAAAGUUCCUUGUCUACCUGCGGAUAAACGGUGUGACAAGUAGAAAGGAUUUCAUGAUAAUUUCAUGCUUAGAUGGUCACGUGCACACAAAUACAUGUCUUACCA